CCCGCUCCCCUUCCGUCUCGCCUUCUCCCCUGAUCCGAGGCUGCCAUCAAUAUCACCACCGCCACCAAGAACCCAAUCCAAUCCUGCCAGAAGAGCAAACGUUCUCUGAUUGAUCGAUUGGUUGAUCGAUCGCUAGUUCUCACCAUGUCUAGUGACACGGCAGCGGCGUCGCAGUCGGGCGGCGACGCGCAGCAGCAGAAGGCCGCCGGCGGCAACCGGAUUCAGGUGUCCAGCUCCAAGAAGCCGCUCUUCUUCUACGUCAACCUCGCCAAGAGGUAUAUGCAGCAGCACGGCGACGUCGAGCUCUCCGCGCUCGGGCUGGCGAUAUCUACAGUUGUCACCAUUGCUGAGAUUCUGAAGAACAAUGGUCUUGCUGUUGAGAAGAAGAUUAGGACAUCCACUGUUGAAAUCAAUGACGAAAUGAGAGGCCGGUCGCUCCAAAAGGCUAAGAUUGAGAUAGUGUUGGGAAAAACUGACAACUUCGAUGAGUUGAUGGCCGCUGCCGCUGGAGAGGCGGCCGUGGGCGAUGGCGAGGAGCAGACCUAAAAGUUCUAGAGACUUCUUUGCCUUUUUUAUCCUUUUCCCUCCUUUUGUUAAAUUGGGUGAUGCUGGUGCAUGAUGAUGGAUGUGUUUUGGUGUGUCACUUGUUUGGGUGUGGCAUUUUUGGAACAUUUAUUUGAUUUAUUCCAUUUGUCGUGCUUUGAGUA